ACGCACCGGAAGUUGCCCACAGAACAACGUAGCAGUCCGGAGAGUGGAGCGCAGUUAUAGGCUACAUGUAGGAAGUGACGCGACGGAAGUUCUCGCCGAUUGGUUCUCCUUGUGGCGGGAAGCCGUGGCAGCACCAUGGAUGUGGAGACGAAGGAGUCGGAGUCGGAGCAAACUGCAGCGGACGUGCGGCCCAAGAAGAGGGAAACGCAGAGCAAGGGCGCUGCCUACGAGCUCCCAUGGGUGGAAAAAUACCGACCGCUGAAGCUGAGCGAAAUCGUUGGCAAUGAGGAAACUGUCAGCAGGCUGGAGGUCUUUGCAAGAGAAGGAAAUGUACCCAACAUCAUCAUUGCCGGCCCACCUGGCACCGGGAAGACCACCAGUAUCCUGUGUUUAGCUCGAGCCCUUCUUGGUCCUGCAAUGAAAGAUGCUGUGCUGGAGCUGAAUGCCUCAAAUGACCGUGGAAUCGAUGUUGUUAGAAACAAGAUCAAAAUGUUUGCGCAGCAGAAAGUUACACUUCCAAAAGGUCGCCAUAAAAUAAUCAUCUUGGACGAAGCUGACAGCAUGACGGACGGUGCCCAGCAGGCCCUGAGGAGGACCAUGGAGAUUUACUCCAAGACAACUCGUUUCGCUCUGGCCUGCAACGCUUCAGAUAAAAUCAUAGAGCCCAUCCAGUCCCGGUGUGCAGUGCUGCGCUACACCAAACUGAGGGACGAGCAGAUCAUGAUGCGCCUCAUGGAGGUGGUCGAGAAGGAAGGCGUGUCCACCACUAAUGAUGGUUUGGAGGCCAUCAUCUUCACUGCUCAGGGAGACAUGAGACAGGCUUUAAACAACUUGCAGUCAACAUGUGCCGGAUUCGGCUGCGUCAACAGCGAGAACGUGUUCAAGGUGUGUGACGAGCCCCACCCCCUGCUGGUGAAGAGCAUGCUGGAGCACUGCGUCAACGCAAACAUCGACGAAGCGUACAAGAUCAUCGAGCAGCUCUGGUCGCUGGGCUACUCUCCUGAGGACAUCAUCGGGAACAUCUUCCGCGUGUGCAAAACCUUCCAGAUGCCAGAGUAUCUCAAACUGGAGUUCAUUAAGGAGAUCGGCUACACGCACAUGAAGGUGGCAGAGGGCGUGAAUUCCCUGCUGCAGAUGGCGGGGCUGCUGGGGCGGCUUUGCGCCAAGACGGCGGCUCCUGACGCCAGCUGAUCGUCCUUCCUGUCCGGGAUGCUUCUCCUGCCGCUUCCUUCAUCCCUGGGAGGCACAGUGAUGCGCUAACUGUGAGCAUCGCUAUGGGAAAAAUUUGUUGGCCACUGAAUUCCAAUAAAGCGAAUGUUAGAAUUGACCUUCGCUACACCUUAGAGUACAUCUGUCAAGUUAUGCGCCUGUAAAUAAUUUUGCUUGUUGCAGCAGUUGAUUUGUAUUAAAAGGGUUUGAAAAAUAUUGGCAACAUCCUCAAUUUAUUUCUCUUUCUAUCCACAGCCGGUAAGGUAAUAGUGUUUGCAUGUUUUUCAUUUACAUUUAUUCAUUUGUCUGACAAUCCAAAGCAACUUACAAAUUUUUACCCACUUCUAAAUGUGCAUAAUUUUUACUGGAGUGCUUUUAGGGUCAGUACUUUGCUCAAGGGUACUACAGCAGAUGGUGAGACUUGAACUGGUGACCUUGGGCUCCAAAGGUAGCCAGCCUAACCAUUGUGCUACCAGCUAUUUUAUAAUGCUAUAAAACUGCUUUUAGACAGAAUAAGGGUUUUGACGGCAUCGACAAAUUCCAAAUUUGUCUUAACCUGAAAGGUGUUAUUUCCCUUUCUUUAAGAAAGUCUUGUGUUCCUAGGAACCUCUGCGAACUCCACUCGUGCAGUGAGCGCCACUGUGUGCCCCGUACACACGUGUGGACUUUGUGCUGACAAGGCGUGAAGUGUGUGGUGUACGAGCGCGGCCUCACACCCCCUCCGCAUCAGAAACGGCCUUUAGGGUCCCGUCCCCUCCCACUGGAUUAACUUCAGUUCAACACCCUGAA